AUGUACCGUAGGGUCUGGAAUCGAACACCAGUGAUGCGGAAAUUCGAAAAAGCAGAACUUUUCUCUUCAUGUGGAGAGGUGAUUCAUGUCUAUUUCCCCGGAUACGCUCCCAAACCCAUCCAUUUUCUCAACAGAUUUGCCUUGGUUUAUAUGCGGGGAAAACGUGCAGAGAAGAAGGCGUUGAAACUCAGUGGAGUUCACAUGGGACCACUCAGUGUAGUCGUUAAGCCUUACCCGUUUCAGGCCAAAUACCUUGACCCUGAGUUUGAUUCUAUAUUGGCUGCUACUAGAGACGAAGACAAUAUGCGACAGCGCACGAUAGGAGUUAUGGGAUUUGACACUUCCCUUCCCAAGGAAGUUGUCGAGACCACGCUGUUUGAACAUUUCUCUAAAUGUGGACCUGUCCUGAAGAUCCGUUCUUAUUACGAAGACGAAGAAAGCAAAACUCUUGACCCCAAAGCCAUCGUUUAUGUUUCUGGACAAGACACAGUAGAGAAGGCGCUGCAACUUGGUGGAUGUGGUGUGAAUGGAUUCAAGAAUAUUCAUGUUUAUCUGGUUGCUGGGCCACAAAGAGUGGCACCUACUAGGAUUAUAAAGAAGGUUAAGCGGAGUAAAAUGCUGGAAUAA